AAAAGCAGUAAGCCGGAUGAAGACGUUGACAGCCUGGGCUAGCCUAAAGAGCCGAAUUCCUGUUCCAGGCGUGGCUCUGGGCAGGCGGCUGCGGCGGCAUUCGUCAGUUAGGCAAAGCGGGAACACAGCUGCGGCUCCGCCGCAGAGGGCUGCAAAGCGGGUUUUCCAGGUGCCAGAAGAAGGCAUUUUGCAGACUCUGCAAGGAGCAAAAUGUUGGGCCUCAGUACCCAGCAGAGGUCAAAAUCACACCCGGCCACCCAGCGCAGUACUGGCCAGACGACCACACCACCCAGGACAGACUAAAGAGGAUUUGGGGGCCCCUAGAGGACGUGGAGACCCUGGACUUUGGCCCCAAAGUCCAGGGGCAAGAGCAUCACUGAGUGUGCAUACAGUCUGUGUACAAUGCGCAUGACUGCAUUAUGCAGAAAUACAGUUAUUCAAACAAUAUGUUCAAAGUUGUGUCCAUUAAGCAAGGCCAGGCCUGUCCUGACUAGGAUGCUGACUUCCACCACCAGUGGCUCCCAGUCUUCUCCAGAUAUGGAAGAAGGGCAUUCACCCAUUCAUGUGAAUAAUGUGCGAAGUAGAUUGAGGGCUAUAGUGGGAGCAUCUACGAAUUGGAGUGACCAUAUGCAAGCGCUGAAUGAAAGAAAAGCUUUACAUACACUCCUGGUUAAAGAUCAAGCUGACCUGCCCCCUAGAAAAAUGAAAGACAGCUAUACAGAAGUUAUCCUACCUUUAGGAAGUCAGCCUGAGAUAAGAGAAAAAUAUCUGAAUGUACACAACUCUGUCAGAUUUGGCCGAAUUCUUGAAGAUCUUGACAGCUUAGGAGUUCUCAUCUGUUAUACUCAUGCAACACAUGAUGCUACUCAGAGAUCUCCUCUAUCAAUUGUUACAGCAUUGGUGGAUAAAAUUGGUUUACAGAAGGAGGUCAUUAAUCCAGAUUGUGAUAUCAAGUUCACUGGGAAUGUUUCAUGGGUAGGAAAGACAUCUAUGGAAGUGAAGAUGCACAUGCUUCAGUUACAUGAUGGUAUUUACAGCCCAGUGUUAGAUGCAACUUUUGUCAUGGUGGCCCGUGAUCCUGAAAACAAAAGGUCAGCAUUUGUGAAUCCAUUGAUUCCAGAAGGCCCAGAGGAGGAAAAAAUCUUCAAAGAAGGAGAACUUAACAAGAUUAGAAGAACUGAUUUCAGUAAGGCUUCCUUGCUCAAAAUGGCCCCUACUGCUGAAGAAAGAAACAUUAUUCAUGAUAUAUUUCUCAAUACGUUGGACUCAAGGACAGUUAGUUUUCGAAGUCGUUUCUUGCCACCCAACUCGGUGUGGAUGGAAGAUGCAAAACUCAAGGGUUUGGAGAUUUGCCAUCCUCAGAAACGCAAUAUUUUCAACAGAAUCUUUGGAGGGUUUCUUAUGAGAAAGGCAUAUGAACUUGGAUGGGCUAGUGCUCACAGCUAUGGAAACUCCAGACCUUUUGUGGUAGCUGUAGAUGAUAUCAUGUUUCAAAAACCAGUGGAAGUUGGAUCCUUACUAUUACUUUCUUCACAGGUGUGUUAUACUGAAAAAAACUAUGUCCAGGUUCGGGUACAUAGUGAGGUUUAUGAUCCAGACACCAAACAGCACAACACAACUAAUAUCUUCCACUUCACAUUUAUGUUGGAGAAGGAGUUACCACAGAUUGUUCCCAAGACAUAUGGUGUUUUUCUCUAGGAAAACCUCAUUUUGAAAACAGUGAUCACAGUACUGAAAAGAUGAGGAAUUGAAUCUGGUCACACUGAACACAUCCUGAAUACAUUUCUGAAAGUCUUAAUGUAUUGUCUGUUCAUUUGGGCUUGGAAACCGUAUCUCUCAAAGUAAAAACUGACAGCUCUGAGAAGUAUUGUACGCUGCUUUGUGUUUCUUUGCCUCUUAAAAGUCCAUUUGGCAGGAUCUUUUUGUUUCAGCACUAGAUUGUGGAACUCCCUCCCCUGGAAGAUUUGUCUGCACUUACUGGUUUUAUGGUGCCUGGCCAAAACUUAAAAAAUAAAUAAAUCAUCUGGUGUUUGAUUUAGGUUGUUGUUAUCCUCCUGUAGAAUUUUAUGCUCCCUGCUUUUUGGUUUCUGUUCUAAUUGUUUAGGUUAUAUUUUAUUGUGGUGUUGAAUUUUGUAUGGAAAAUUGUAUAAUGUUAUGAACAUGGCCCAGUUCUCCCUGAUGCAGCUGGAUCUCCUCUCAUAUUAUUCUGAGAACGGAAUCCUCUUCAAUGUUUUCACAUUAUAAGCUAUAUUCCCGUGCCUGCUUAAUAGAACGAUAUGCCUUAUAAGCUACUAUAUUCAGUUGCCUAAGUGUUUGGGUUGCUUUAAUUGUAUACUGUAUUAAUUGUUCAGCUCUGUAUUUUCACUGGUUUUUGUGAACCAAAAACUUUAGUUCACAAAAGCACCAUGGGAAAGGAAGAAGCAAAUUGUUUUCUUAAGUACUGUGUAUAAUUGUUUAUGGUUUUAUGAAUGAUCUUGUUUACUGCUGUAAAGUGGUUUCUAUUCCAUGUACAUUCAAGAUUAGGCAGGAUAAUGUUAAGAGCAACACUGUUGUACUUAAGGCCUAUAGAUGAGAGAGGAACGUACACUUUCUGUAUUAUUUUUGCAACAUGUGAGGCUAUAGCAUGCUUUCAUUGUAAGUAAGCUAUGGUAUAUGGUCUUGUUCUUCCAAAUUCCAACCUUUUCUUUAGCCCUACUCCUAUAUUGAGCACCAAUGAACAAUGGCGAAGACAGACCAAAAAGCCAGAAGACUGAAAACGCUGUUUUGAUGUUUAUGGCGGAAUCCAUCAAGGCCAGAGGACUCUAAUUGACAGCACAUUCUGAAACAGUAAUGUCUCAUGAAAGGACGACUUGGGUUUGAGACACUUUGGGGCCAGGCAGGCAGAGGAAUGAAAACACAUGGGCCGGAAUCUAGAAUUUGGGCAUCCGAGCGCAUCCAAGCCGACGUGGCCAAAUCAAAUUGGACUGCCCUGAUGACCCAAGGAAGCAUUAGAGAAGAACUGAAGUUAUAACUGUUUACCGCCAGGGACAAGAAGCCAGAGACCUGUCUUAUCACCUUCUCCCACACACAUGCUUCCCUCCACUCUCUAGCUACUCUGCACAUCUCGUUUUGUCUCUGCAAUCUGCCGCAUCAUUGGUAAGCCCAGGAUGAUUCAAUCAAUUUGGUCAAUUGACUGCAAUUCAAACUCCUGCAAAGUUUUGAAUUGGACUUUACUCCUAAAUCUUCCCCUCUCCCCAUCCUUAUCCCUUCCUUCAGAAUUGUAACCUGAUAGGUUAGGGACUUUAGCUUACUUGCAGAGCCUCUUUUCUAUAUGCUUUCUAUUUUCUUCAUUAAAAUGAACCAAAAGAAAAUUA